AUGAAGGAGAAGCGGCUUCUGGCUGGCUCCAAAGUCAUAAAUGGCAGCGUUCAAUUCCCGAAUGGCACAUCCAUAUCAAUUGAAGGUCUACCAGGCUUCAAACGAGACUCUGAUGCAGCUGAAGUUCUUCUCUCCGUUGAUUUUGACGGCGAGUCGACAAACCUCGUGGACAUUGAGACCGGUCGAACAAUUAUUAGAAAAAGUUUUUCCGAGGGUAUCCCAGAGGAGGCAAUAGGAUUGAACUCUACUAAAAUUAUGUUUGAAGUACUCACUGGUCCCGCAGCCCUCCAUAUAGACACGUACACAGGAAAGUGGACAGUUCAGAGCACUGUGACUGGGCAGGUAGAUGAGGUUGAGAGCAUUAGAAACGGUUACCUCUAUCUCCGUAAUGGACAAACUGUUCGCCUGCCUGGUUUACCACGAUCAGAGUCUUCAAUCCUGGCGAUUGAUGCGAAGACCGGAAGAGUCACUAGAUUCAACAGGGAAACGGCAGAAAAGAUCUUUGACGAUGCGCAAACCGUCACGGACGGAGCAGACAGCGUUACCACAGGAAUAACCACUACAGAACGGCCUGCAGAUACAUCUUUGGGAAGUGUAUCGACAGAUAGCGCUGAAUUAUCUGCCCAGCUGUAUGACACAAGUCCGGGGGCUGAUAUGAAAACUAAAACCGAUGGCGACACAGAAGCUGAGGCCACGACUGAAGUACCAGAAGAUCUUGAUGACAAAAGCACAGAUGCAAUCCCACCGUUGUCCUCGGACAAGCCAGAAGGUGAAAGCACAUCCACUGAGGAAAAAACUGGGGAGGAGGAUGGCCACAGCCAGGCCACCGAUGAAGAAGGAAAUCUCGUGACAGAUUCGACAGGUGUGUCUGGACAAGAUGACAUGGAUGAAGCCAAAGGGGAAACACCCCCUCCGGUGCCAGGCGUUAGUUCCGACAAGGUAACUGAAGAGGAAGAAAAACCUUCAUCCGAGGAGCUUCCAGACAUGGAAGUUACUGAACCGACUGACUCAGAGACAACUGAGGAGAAGAAGGACGAUGACCAUGGCCAGGUCACCGAUGAAGAAGGAAAUCUCGUGACAGAUUCUACAGGCGUGUCUGAAGAAGAUGACUUCGACGACGCCAAAGUGGAAGUACCCGCUCCGGUGCCUGGCGUUAGCACUGACGAAGUAAAUGCAGGGGAGCCAACUGAUUCCGAGACCGCUGAGGUCGUGGAUGACUACGCACAGACAUUGGAUUCCUACACUGGGGAGACAGAACAAGAGGAGAAGUCAACAGCGGCACCUGAACCAGGUGCUCUAGAUGAAACGGACUCCUAUGCAACUCCGGGAAUUCCGACCAUUGGUACGGAAGAAGAUACUGGAAAAGAAGUCGGUAUGCCAUCCCCCGAGGCUCUGGAUAGGGAAGAUGCAGAUCAGACUACAGCAAAAAUAACUGACUCGGAGUCUGACACUUUGACCCUGCCCGGUCCAUCAGCAGAGGACGCCAACAAGAAAGAAGACACAAUGGAGCCUGGCCCAGGUAUUGAUCACACCGACGUGCCAGUAGACGGCGUAGAAAGCUCUGAAACCCGAGUCUCUGAAGGCUUUGAGCGAAAACCUCCUCUAAUAACUUCACCAGAGGCGACAGAUUCAGUGCCACCUAGCAAAGAGUCUGAAGGACCGGUUGCUACUGUCACAGACGAGGCUCCCAAAUCCGAAGACACUUCUGGCAGCAGAACAGAGGCCAGUCUCCCGGACUGUACCCUCGAAGAGGGAGUGCCCCCUCCCACUAUUUUGGCGCCUUCGGUAACAUACUCCAUGCUGUUCUGA